GACGCGCUUCCGGCUGCGAGCGGGACAGCAUGGCGGCGGCGGCGGGAGCUGGGGCGCCGGCGUCCUUUUUGUCCCUGGAGCCGCAGCUGCAGCGCACGGUCCAGAAGAAAGUGCGGCGCGUCCGCAAGAACCGGGUGGCCGAGGAGGAGCUGACGCCGGGCGUCGUGUACGUGGGGCACCUCCCGCGCGGGCUGGGCGAGCCGCAGCUCCGGCAGUACUUCGAGCAGUUCGGCACCGUGCGGCGGCUGCGGCUCUCCAGGAGCAAGAAGACAGGAGGGAGCAAAGGCUACGCCUUCAUCGAGUUCGAGUGUGACGAUGUGGCCAAGAUUGUCGCAGACACAAUGAACAAUUACCUCUUUUCUGAAAGACUGCUCAAGUGUCAGUUCAUGCCUCCUGAAAGGGUGCACGCAAACCUCUUCAAAAACAGCGACCGGAUGUUUCAGAAGCCCUCUCAGCCCGCAGUGAAGCGGUACAAUAAGGUCCGUUCCCUCGUGGAGAAGGCAAAGAUGGCAAAGCGGCUGCUGCGGAAGGAGAACUGCUUGCGGAAGAGGUUGGCCGAAAAGGGGAUCAAGUACAGCUUCCCUGGAUUUGCUGCACAGAGCCUUCCUGUGAGGAGGAAGAAAGCUAAAACAACAAAAGCCAAACAGAACGCUUCUUUGAGUAGCCAGGAUCCUACUCCGGUCUGUACGCCUACAGUGCUUGAGCGCCGGAAAGCUCAGCAAGCGGAUGAUGACACAGAUGACAACGAAAUAAUGAUCAAACUGCCCCCUCCGAGUGUUAAGAAAGCUGUGCAGAGACCAAAGAAACAGCCAAGGAAAAAAAACGACCUGAAGAAACAAAAGUAGGCUUAAAAUUCUGACAGCCAUAGCCGUGUUUUUCCUCUUUCUCAACUCAAAAUGAUGAGGUGGAGCUUCUGUUGCCCUGUCUCAGUUUUUUCUGACCAGACUGGUUGUCUUUCAUGGGCAGGGAAAAUAUUCACAAAUAGUUCCCCUCCUGUUAGCUGUUGGGGAGCUGUAUCUUCACUGCCUGUGAAGAUUUUCUUGACUUUGCACUCAUGAGUGCCUGCAGUCAUGCCAGAACCUUGUGUUAAUUCUGUAAUUUGUCCCUGGCACACACAGAUUUGAAAGGCAAUGUUAGGUUAUCCAUGCUGAGCCUGCUGAUGGCAUCUGUAUUUUAUACUUAUUAAUGAUGACUUAAAAUACAAUUUCUAACUGUUCUUAA